CCUUCCCCCUCCACACACUCAUCAUGGCCAACGCCCUUCACAAUAUCUACCGGCUGGCCGGCCCCGUGGCCGUCGGUGCCAUGCUUUUCAACGCUUCCCUCUACGAUGUCAAGGGUGGUACGCGGGCUGUCAUCUUCGAUCGAUUGUCUGGUGUGCAGGAGCAGGUCGUCAACGAAGGCACACACCUUUUGGUCCCGUGGCUGCAGCGGGCCAUUAUCUACGACGUGCGGACGAAGCCGCGCAAUAUCUCGACCACCACCGGAAGUAAGGAUUUGCAGAUGGUCACAUUGACGCUGCGUGUGCUGCACCGUCCGGAUGUGCCGCGGCUGCCACAGAUCUACCAGUCAUACGGUACCGACUAUGAUGAGCGUGUGCUCCCCUCCAUCGGAAACGAAGUCCUCAAAGCUAUCGUCGCCCAGUUCGACGCCGCCGAGCUCAUCACGCAGCGUGAAGCCGUCUCCAACCGCAUCCGUACCGACCUCCUGAAGCGCGCAGCGCAGUUCAACAUCGCUCUGGAGGAUGUCUCCAUCACCCACAUGACCUUCGGAAAGGAGUUCACCAAGGCCGUCGAGCAGAAGCAGAUCGCCCAGCAAGACGCCGAGCGGGCACGAUUCAUUGUCGAGCGCGCCGAGCAGGAGCGACAAGCCAACGUUAUCCGCGCUGAGGGAGAAGCCGAGUCUGCCGACAUCAUUAGUAAGGCUGUCGCCAAGGCCGGUAGCGGUCUCAUUGAGAUUCGUCGUAUCGACGCCAGCCGGGAGAUCGCCCAGACUCUGGCUGGUAACCCCAACGUCACAUAUCUGCCUGGUGGUGAGGGCAAGGAUGGAGGCAAGAGCACUAGCCUCUUGCUGGGUCUGCGAUCCUAAGAGGAGGUUGAUAUAAAGAAGUGAGGGUGUCUGGCGGCGCCCAUUUCUACGAAAUGUACCAUUUAAUCGCUCGCCGUGUCCGAGGGCGUUCUAUCGACUGUGCAUGUUCCCCGAGGCGCGGACGUGGCUCUGUCCACUUUUGUUUUUUCUGACCUGUAGCAAUACCAAUACCUCUACUCCAUAUCAGA